CGUCACGACGCACAGAGUCGUUGCGUCUGGGCUGGCUCACAUCCAUUACACCGGCACAGUAACGUUAUGCACAGCAGGCGGCCAUGGCUUGGAAGUCGAGGACACGCAAUCUACAGGUGUUUGACACGGAGCUGAGUGCAGACACCGUGGAGUGGUGCCCCGUUUCUUCAAGCAGUGAUAUCCUGGCCUGCGGGACAUACCAGCUACAGAAAGGGGCAGGGGAAGAAGAUGCCACCCCAAGCCGGACGGGGCGUUUGUACCUGUUUGAAUUUCGACGAGAGGCAUCAAUGAGCCCUCCUCUCACUGAGCUACAGCGUGUGGACACAGCAGCCAUUUUAGAUAUGAAAUGGUGUCACGUGCCGAUGUCUGGGCAGCCAGUGCUGGGAUUGGCUGCUGCCACUGGAGAGCUGCAGCUGUACACACUGUCAGGCAGUCAGGAAGGCAGCCGUGUUCUGCAGAAUCUGAGCAGUGUGGAGGUGGGACCAGAGCGGCUGGCUCUGUCACUAGACUGGUCCACUGGAAGAAUGGACAGCAGUGAUGUGCGGGUGGUGUGCAGUGACUCUGCAGGCUGCGUCAGUGUGCUCUCCCUGGCUGAAGGUGCUCUGACGUCCCUGUCACGGUGGAAAGCCCAUGACUUUGAGGCCUGGAUCUCAGCCUUCUCCUACUGGGACACACAGCUGGUUUAUUCUGGCGGUGAUGAUUGCAAACUUAAAGGCUGGGAUCUCAGGGUUGGUCCGUCCUGCCCCACUUUCACCAGUAAACGGCACUCAAUGGGUGUGUGCAGUAUUCACAGCAGCCCACAUCGGGAACACAUUCUGGCUACAGGCAGCUAUGAUGAGCAGGUUUUACUGUGGGAUGGCAGGAACAUGCGGCAGCCUCUCAGUGAGACUCCUACGGGUGGUGGAGUGUGGAGGCUGAAGUGGCAUCCGACCCAUCAGCACCUGCUGUUGGCAGCCUGCAUGCACAAUGACUUCCACAUCCUUCACUGCCAGCAGGCCCUUGAGGGCAGUGGAGGAGCAUGUCCUGUUGUAGCCUCCUAUAUCCUCCACAACUCCCUGGCGUAUGGAGCUGACUGGUCCCAUCUGUCCCUGGAGGAACUUGCUCCCUGCUCCCCUCCUGCUGCGGAACCAAAGGAAUGCCUUGUAGAGACCGGAGAACACUUGAGGAUCCAGUAUGAAUCACCCACUGCCAGCUUUGACACUUCUCUGGAGGAUGAAGCAGGACGAUACAUCCCAGAGGGCACUUCAGCUCCCUCUACCACCCCUACUGCAGGCCCUGCGCUCAAUGAAAAUACCUCUUCACUGUCUGCUCUUCUAGCGAGCUGCUCUUUCUACGACCAUAUGCUCCAUGUGUGGCGCUGGGACUGGGCUUCAGAUGAGGCUCAACAGGAAUCAGAGCAAUUUUGACCAGGCUGGAGCCCUGGCUGCACUGACACAACAGAAAUAUCUUCUAUCAAAUUAUAACAUGUACUUGGACAUGUAAAGCAGAAUGUACAGCCCAACUAUAAAAUGAGCAUGAUAUGCUGUUACUCCAUUCACUUUCUUCACUAUGAAGUUCCCACACUUUAGAAUAAGUUAUCACACAAUAUGCAAUUAGGAAAACACUUUUUUCAUAAUGACAGAUUUUUAUAAACUUGUAUUUAAACAUAGUUUAGAAUUCUGAUACUAUGUUCAAUAUCAAUGCAACCACGCACCCACAUACCUGCUUUUCAGCACCUUGUGAUCGUGUUUAGGAAAAUUGUUCAGAAAAAUACCUGUUUAAAGACGAGCACCAAUUUUAACACAUAAUUACUGUAGGUACUCACGCAGCAUGUGUGACUGUCUAAUGACUUUACUAUUACUGAACUACUGAACCUCAAAGGCAAAUUCUGAUUAUUUGCAACCCUCUGUCCAAAUCAUACUGAAGUUUUGACAGGGUUAAUGUUUAAUGAUUUGUGAGUAGUAUUAAAGCUCCCUUUUAAUGAACAUUCUCGAGAUAAACCCCUUUUUGCAUUUUUAAAGUCCUGUCUGAAAGCAUAAGACUGCAAGACUGUGCUGCUCCCCCACCAUCUGAGGUGGUGACUUCACUAUAUGAUGAGUUUGGAAACUACAUCAUAGUAGUAUAUGAAAAUUUGUGGAGGCCAUUUUUAUUGCUGGUUGCAUUCAUUACACCUCUUGACCAAUAAA